UGGUAGUAUCGCAUAGGAGUGAUCGAAUCGUAUGUUUUAUUAAAUUGGUCAGCAUGGUUUAGUAUACAGAAUUGACAUAGUGCGAUACAAACGUAUCGACCUUUUCAUGUGUGUCAUGUAACGUGUCAGUGAUCAUGAAUUAAAUUAGGUUAUCAAUUAUUUACCGUCGGUAAUUGCAGUUGACAAUUAACGAAAUUUGUGGAUGAAUUUCGUUGCGAUUUAUAAAAGUGUUUUGCAUACGUGGCAGAAUUUGCUACCAAUCAGAAAACGCGGGUUUUGAUAGGCGUGGCUUCGAACACGUAUACUUGCCUCUACGUCCGGCCGCCAUAAUUUUUGAGAAGAAAUCGUCGUGCCGUGAAUUCUUGUCGGGAUUCUCUGUAGACAAACACGGUCCGUUGUUCAUUUUACAUUCCUUGGCGGAAGCAAUCUACUGGAAAUAUUUUCAGUGAGCGGUAUAGGGGAUAGGCAACAUGGAUCUCCAAACAGGAUUAGUUUAUGUGGCAGUGGUAGUUGUUUCUGCAGUAGUUAUUGUUUUAGUAUCAAUGUUUGGUAUAAAAGAAAAAUCUUAUGAAGAAGCAAUAGCAGAACAGAGAAAACUUCCUGAUGAUCUUUUAUUGAGUAAAAAAGAUAAAGGAAAAGAAAAGAAACAUAAGAAUAAGGCAGGAAAGAAAGUGAAAGAAAAGAAAGAAGAAAAGGAUGAAAAAGAUGACAGGGAGGAAAAGUCUGAGCAUGUCCAGUUUGAAGAAAACCCUCAAAUAUUGCCUUUAGAACCAUUAGUACGGGAGGGUAGCAAAGGAAGUAAGAAGAAAAGCAAGUUUGAAAAGGUAAAGCCAAUUCUUGUAAAUAAAGAUGAGCCACUGGUUAUUGUGACUGAAUUAAGUCCUUCGCAACCUCCCUCAGUGGAGACUAAUCAUUUUGACCUCAUUCAACCAAAGGACGACCUCGAACUCAUAAGGAGUUAUAGUAAGGAAAAUCUGCAUCAACUCAAUCAAUCUGAGCCAAUCGCAAAUAAGUCACCAAAGGAGACUCCAACAAAGACAAAGAAAAAUGCAAAAGACUCUGUGAAGAAGAAGGAUGAAAAUAUUAAGGAAGAAAAGAAAGAUGAGAAAAAAGAAACAACUAUAUACGUUAAUGCAUCACCAGUUAUUAAUAAAGAUGCAAAGGAAGCAAAAGAAAUGAAAGAACAGAAAGAAACUCCAGUCAAAGAUGCAAAGGAAGCAGUAAAAGAAAUUGCACCUUCUACUCAAUCAGCGAAUAAAGAAUCUAAAAAGACAAAGAAGAAGAAUGAUAUCUUAGCUCAAAUUGGUGGAGACAAAGAUGCCGUUAACGUAUCUCUUUUGAUGCCUUUGGUUCAAAAAGCUGAACUUAGUCGUUCUGAAAUACAAAUUCUCAUAGAUCAGCUUUUAAAUAAACAACUGGAUAAUCCAUCGGAACAUUCGGAGUGGACAGAAGGUCGGGCAGAUCCGGUUAUUAAAUUAAAAAAACAACUGGCAGAAAAAGAAAAGGCUCUCGCCGAUGAGCAUGAAGCAAAUAUUGCAUUUCAAAAUAAACUGAAAGAAAUGCGAGCUGAACUUAAUUCUGAGAGGUCUAGAUUAACUGCUAAUGCAAGACAACUAGAAGAAGCAUUAAAUGCUAAGGUUACAGAAACUCAGACUUUACACACACGUAUGCAACAUAUUUUGGAAAGUCAUGCUGCUGAAAAACAAGGCUUUACAAGGCAGAUCGAACAAUUACAAACUAAAGUAAAUGAAAAUGCAGCAAUUAUUCAUAAAAUGCAAGAAGAUCAAGGGCAAACUCAAGGUCAUUUACAGCAAGAAUUGAUUGCACAGCGUAAACAAAUGGAAGUACAAUUUGCACAAAUGCGUGACACUGAAAAUGCAUUAACAGCACAGCUAGCUCAAAAACAUGCAGAAAUACAGGAAUUGCAAAGCGAGUUACAAGCAACUUGUGAAAGUAGUACUGCUGAAAUAGAAAUGUUACAGCAACAAUUAGGACUUAUGCAAGGCCAGUUAAUGCAUUCAGAAGGACAAUUGCAACAUUUCAAAGAAGCGGGUGAUAGAUUGCAAGACGUUGCUAGACAACUUGAGGAAUCUCACCGUGCUAAUGCAGAUCUAGAUCAUAGAUUAAAAAAUGCACAUCGUCAUGAGCAAGACCUCCAAAAACAAGUAAAUUCGUUGCAAUCAGAAUUGAAUGCUAUAAAGGCGGAGGCUAACGAUGUCUCUGCAUUAAAGGCCGAAUUGAACAAAUCCCAGUCUGAGCUAGUAAAAUUAAAAUCUGAAUUGUCAGUGUCAUUGAAUGAGUCAAAAUCUGAAGCAAUUGAAAUUGCAGCUCUUAAGGCAGCACUAGCUAAGAAAGAAGAAGAGUUGAACAAAUCUCAGGAUGAACUUUACAAUAUACGAAUUGAGUUAAAACAAUCAAUGGAAAAUGUAACGCAGUUGGAGGCAAAAUUAAAUGCUGCACAGAAGAAAGUAGAUAUGACAAAUAUUGAAUUUGAAAAGACAACAGGAAAUCUAAAGAAAAUACAAGAUGAAGUUAAUGGCUAUCAAUCUGACAUGCAGAAAUUAAAGGAAGAAUUAAAACAGAAACAAGUUGAAUUAGAAAACACUCGUGCAGAAAUCCCGCCUACAAAUGAAACAGCAAAUGAAGUGAAUAAGUUACAAAGCAAUGAAAUAAAAUUAAAUGAGACACAAUUACAGAUUUCACAAUUGCAAGAAGAAAAUGAUAGACUUUCUACGCAGCUCACGAAUUUCACAGAAUUGCAGAAACAACUUAAACAAUUGCAAGAAGAAAAUGAAUCAUUAGCUUCACAAUUAGCGGCUACCACUGAACGACCAGCUGCAGAGGGUCGAGAAAAUGGAAUCGACGAGAAGGUUCAAAAGAAUGUGCAACUUGUAGAACAUGCAAAUUUGUUGGCCCAAAAGGAAAGUCAACUAAAUGCCUUAAAAGUAGAAUUAACGCAUAAAGAAGCAGAACUUAAUCAGUGGAAUGCUGAAGUUAACGCAUUACGAAGCGACAUAAAUUUUCAUUAUAAUGUUGCUGCCCGAUUAGGUGAUGAUUUAAAAGCACAAAGAUCUAAAACUAAGGAGUUACGUUUACAAAACUUGGAAGUAAUGGAAGCUCUUUCUGCUGAACUAAAAAAGAAAAAUGUAAUUGACAAACAUACAGAGUUGGAAAAACAAAAUAAAAACUUGCAAGACAUGGUUUCACAUUAUAAACAAAUCAUUAACGAUACAGAAGGUAUGCUCAAUACACUUCAGAGUCAUGUAGAAUCAGCAGAAACAAGAUGGGAGUCUCAACUUCGGCAAAAAGAAAACGAAGUUGCAAAACUUAGGAUUGAGUUCAAUGAACUCAAAAAUAAGUUAAAUUCACACGACAUGUUACAGGAAAAGGUAGUAGAGUUGGAAGCCAGGUUAAAAGAGACAGAGUCUCUUAAUGAACAAGCUAAUGCUGAAUUAUUGGCACUUAGAUCUAGACCAAAAUUAGUUUCAAGCGGAGUAAAUACCCAUGAUUUAGGAGCAGUGGAAAAACUUCAAGAGGAAAGAGCGCGGUUGUCAGAAGAACUUCAGUCAGAGUGCAAUAAGAGGGCAGCAUUAGAUGGAGAAGUGAAUAAGUUGCGUUCUUUAGUUACGCAACUUCAGCAAGAAGUAUCGCAAUGCAAGAAUGAAGUUAGCGAAGGUUGUAGCAGUUCAGAACAGUCAAUCUUAAAUGGCCCACCAACUUCUGAGUGUCCUAAUUCCGAGAUAGUACAUGCAUUGUUGGACUUAAUGUAGCAUAUUUUUUUUAGCAGCUGCUAUAUUUAGGUGGAUCAGGAAAAAAAUAACUCCACAGAACAAACUGCGCUAGUGACGCGCGAAACCAGAUGAUUCAGAGAGGAAAUACAAGCGAAAUUAUACAUGCUCCGAUGUUGUAUAAGACGUAAAUGGUAAACUUUGCUACCAAGAAGACUAAUAUAAUGAUGAAAAUAUUAUUAAUAGCGUUUCUUAUACAAAGAAUAUCAUAUUUUAUUAUGUGGAAGAAAAUAUAAAUAAUGAAUCUUUGUAGUUACAAACUAAGAAUUAUUGAAACUGGUGUUUGACACGGCUACACAACUGGAUAGAUACAGAUAGGAAUAAUUCAAGAAUUAUCAAAAUUAUGCAUUGUAAAUUGGAAUAUAAGAACUGUUUCCUUUUAAAUAUUACUUUCAUUUUAUUAGGCACAUUCAAAUGUUUAUAACUAUUCGUAACAUCUUUAUGUUUUAUUUAAGGUUCACUAAUACAUAAAAUCAUCCAUAACAUAAUGUGCAUGUAUAUUAUUACUCUUAAACAAAAAACGCACGAUACUCAAACUAUAAAUGGUAAAACAAAAUACUUUUGUGUAAUUUUUUAUUUAAUGAGUAGCAGACACCAGAUCUUUAAAUGAUUUUCAUAUUGUUAAAGCAUUUGUAUACAAAGCUGAAAGCGUUAAUGAAUUUAUGUGCAAUAAAUAAGCAUGAUCAUGUGAUCACAUGUAUAAAAAGAAGUUUGUGUGUGUUCAGUAGGAGGCUAUUCAAGGCAACUUUAAAUUCGCGACGUAUAAUUGAUCUUUUAAAAUCACUGAAAAGAUUAAUCAUGCACAACUAUAGCAAACACGUAAUAAAAUCUGUUCAAGAAUACAUCUGAACAGAUUAAAGUAUAAUAAAGUAAAUAAGAUAUAUUGAUAAAUCUAUGAUUUAAAUAAUUUGAACUAUAGACAAAUUAUGUGUAAUUGGGCAUUUUAAAGAGCGUUUAUUGAAACGUUUUUAUGUUACUUUACUUUUAAAUGAAUUAUGAUUUCUAUUAUAGAGUUGCGAAAUGAAAUAUCAGACAGAUAAUUAAUACUCUAUUUAUAAUACAUUAAAUACUUGUCUCGUAAGAUAUAAUUGCUUCGUUUAUUUUACAAGAGCGCGUAUAUUUAGUUGUACAUCGUACUUAUUUGUACUUUAUAUUUAGAAAAAUAGAAUUAGUCAAUAAAGAAUUUGUUUUAUUUGACGUUAAAUUAC